CGGGCCUGCGGGCGCCGCCCUAGGACUAGAAUAUUUAAAGAAAAAAAAGGUGCCUCCGGAGAGGAGUUUAGGGAAUGGAGAACUUCUGAUACGGGAAUCUGACACACGCACGACAUCACGCUGGUGUAGGUCUAGAUAUCCGGAACUUCGAGACCUGAAAUUCCGCGGCAAGGGCCGGCUGCACUCGCUUUCCUUCCCGAUGCUGUUUGUCCCUCGCACGGCACCGUUGGGUCACCCGGGAAGGCGUGACUAGGGGCGGGAAGUGGGGACGGGAGCGGGGCCGCGGAGCCGUGGCUGCCGCUGUCAUGGACGCCUGGGUCCACUUCAGUGCUCAGAGUCAGGCCCGGGAGCGACUGUGCAGGGCUGCACAGUACGCUUGCUCCCUCCUCGGCCACGCAUUGCAGAGACAUGGGGCCAGUCCUGAGUUACAGAAGCAGAUUCGGCAGCUGGAGGGCCACCUGAGCCUUGGGAGGAAGCUCCUGCGCCUGGGAAAUUCCGCGGAUGCUCUGGAGUCAGCCAAGAGAGCCGUGCACCUGUCAGAUGUGGUCCUGAGGUUCUGCAUCACUGUUAGUCACCUCAAUCGCGCCCUGUACUUCGCCUGUGACAACGUGCUGUGGGCAGGAAAGUCCGGAUUAGCUCCCCGUGUGGACCAGGAGAAGUGGGCUCAGCGUUCUUUCAGGUACUAUUUGUUUUCCCUCAUCAUGAAUUUGAGCCGUGAUGCUUACGAGAUUCGUCUCCUCAUGGAACAAGAGUCUUCAGCUUAUAGCCGGCGACUAAAGGGUUCCGGAGGAAGUGUUCUAGGAGGAACUGAAACUGGGGGGCCCAGCAGCCCCGGGAGCCUGGGAGGAAGCCUUCCCCAACUGGCUCUGAAGCUUCGGCUCCGAGUGCUGCUGCUGGCUCGGGUCCUUCGAGGUCAUCCCCCGCUUCUGCUGGAUGUGAUCAGAAACGCCUGUGAUCUCUUCAUUCCACUGGACAAACUAGGCCUCUGGCGCUGUGGCCCUGGGAUCGUGGGACUUUGUGGCCUUGUGUCCUCCAUCCUGUCUAUUCUCACCCUUAUCUGUCCCUGGCUACGACUCAAGCCCUAACGUUCUGGUACAGGAUAAGGCAGAGACCUGACUCUGGGAGGUGGAAUCUUCUGUCUUCCCCAUAUACCGGCCUUAUUUUAAUUCUCCUGGAUUAGGAUAAAAAUCCAGUGAUUUUAGAGGCGGGAGGAGGAGCUUUGGAAAAGAUGAGAUAAGGAAAGGUAACCUGUGAAGUGGGUAGGACGAUCCUAAUACCCAGGUAUGCCUGAGCUUGUGUGCUGGUUCUUUUUCAUUGCCUGUGUCUCUCUUGAAUUUUUAAUUUGUUCCUCAAGUCUGUUUAAGGGUCUGCCACUGUACAUCUCUUUUUACCUUUUUAAUCUCCUGUCCAGGAAUUUUAUCAGAUAGACAAGGUAUAAGAUGUGGUCUGUAAGAUUCUAAUUACCUUAUUUUUUCUCACAGAGGUAGCUGGUGGCAGAGUCUUUGGAUUGUAAAUCAUAAUUUUGAGACUUUGUGUCCUGGUGAGCUCUCACUUGCUAGCUUUGUAAAAUAGACUAUCUGAUGCUUCCUUUCCCCCCAUGUUUCCUUUCUCAGCCUCCUUCAUAAUUUGCUCCUGACCCUUCCUGUACUUGAAUCUUUGGAUUUUGGUUUACACUUUUAUUUCAGAACUCUGUUGCCUGGUCUAUUCUUACCCGUUCUUUGCCUGUCUAGCACGAUGCUGUGUCUAGCAUCUUGUAAAUAUUGUACAAUGAGUCCAUGUAAAUAUUUAUGGCUAGUGUCCUCAACUCUUCCAAGUCAACAAAUUAAAGAUCCAUUUACUCAU